AUGAAGCUCCUAGCCGUACCGACACUCCUACGAUGCGCACUCCUGUCUUCUAUUGUGUUGGCAGCGGCAGACCAGCCUAGACUCCGGCCCCGUGCUAGGUAUAGCUACAGCGAGGCUCCUCGUUUUCCAGAAAUUACCGGAUCUCAUAGUCAACCUUUCGAUCACAAGAAAGCUGCUCCUGAUUCAUAUGGCAACUUGGAGGGUGACCUCGACGUGGAAAGCUAUGCCAUUGGCGAUGGCGCAGACUUGGAAGACGAUGAUUAUUCCGGGGACGGCGGCGGGUAUGCCCAUGGCUAUCCCUCUGGCAACAACGACGAAACCCCCUUCGAGGACGAUCCCGAGUACGAUGAUUAUGAUGCACAUGACUUUGAAGAGGACCGACAUGGCAGUUCUCACAGUGGCCAUUACUCCCAAGGCGGUCGCAUAGGGCACAGCAAAGAUUCAAAGUAUGAUGCAUCAAGGGGUAGUGACAGGUCAUAUCAUGCUGCGGCAUUUGACGAUGAAGAUCUCGGCUAUGGUACCCAUGAUAGCUACGGUCAAGAUAUGUACGAUCCUAUCAUCAGUACUAGUAGUGCAGCAGCCUCCGAUUUGUCCUAUAACUUGCCGGAUGGGAGUUCCAAGUCAACGGUUUCGACUACACCAACUACAUCGAGCAACACUAUCACCGACUCUAGCACUACGAGCACCAGGGUUAUUCCAUCAGCCACACAGAUACUUUGUCCUGACAAAGAUUCGCAAUGCGUCGACAACUUCUUGAUAGGGUGCGCCAAGAUAUUCAACCCGGUGGAUCGCCCAUCUGUCAUUUCUAGACAAGUAGACGUACCAGGUGUGACCAACCCUCAAAUAUGUCAUCAACUGUGCGUCGAGGAUCCGCUGUGUUUGGCCUGGGCCGACGCCGACGAACCAGAGUUCUUUUUCGGUGGUUGCUCGCACUAUGUCGAGACAAUUGUGCUGAAUUCAACCGAUCCCUUCCUGGGCUCUCUGCAAAUCAACUCCUUUGGGCUCAGAGGUUUUUGUGACCUUGCCAUUCCGGAAUCAACAUUGACAACGGCUGUGAAAACACCAUUGACGACGACAAGUCAGUCAUCCACUCCCAUAUUGACAUCGUCAUCGGCUAGUAGUAACCUCCCGACGAUUCCAACAUCUGAGACCAGUUUGUGCCCACAACUGGAUGGGCAGUGUCUGAACAGCAACAUCAUUCGAUGUGACAGGGACCUUGACUUGGACGUGGAUCCACCGUGGUCAAACUAUGUCUGCGUAACCCCCCUGCCCAUUAUUACUUCGGAGCGCGAAUGCCACGAAUCAUGCAAUCCGGAUUUCACGUGCAUAGGUUGGAAAAUGACCCAAGUACUGGCAGACGCGAGCACAGGCGUAGGCGGCGGUACGGGGGAGUGCUGUCAUGUCUUCGGCUCUGUAGUCUUACAGGAUCCUCUUCCGCAGCAACAGCCUCUUGCAACAUUCCCAGAGUACAACUCGUAUGGUCUCAGGUUUAGAUGCGAUGACGGCGGUCAGAGCGAGGAACUCUGCCCCAAGGCGGAAAAUACGUGCUUGGACGGGUUCCUUAUCAAGUGCGACCGCUUUCUGGAAGAUGACUUGACCCCGGCGACCGCACAAUUUACCAACGAUUGGCGCGACGACAUCUUCUCCCAGCUAGGAUGUCACCAAGCCUGUGCUGAGGAUCUAAGCUGCACGGCUUGGGGAGGGUAUAGUGAACCGCUUGACUCUGGCGAGGGAGGUGGUGAGAUGUUUGACUGCUAUCAUGUACACACACCGGUGGUACUGCAAUCGCCGCUUCCGGGGUUUGUGUCUGAGCCGGAUCCUGGGAGCAGUGCUCGCUACGGUGUCAGAGGUGCCUGUCAGUAA